AAUUAAUGAUUUUCCCCCAUUUAUUAAUUGAUUUGCGUUUCUGCAUUGAUUCUUUUGUUUAAUCAUGCCAGAAUUUGUGUGAUCUUGUGUUUUUUCCGUGAUCCCUUUUUCUUCGCUGACCUAAAACGAUGACUGAUUUUGUGUGUGUGUUUUGGUGGUUGAUCGUAGUUGAGCUUGAAGGCAAUUUUGCUCUUUGUUAAAGAUUUGAUUUUUAUGGUUUCGUUGCUUGUGUUUACUGGUGAUGUUUUGUGGGAUUUGUGUUUGUGAAAGGGGGCAUGCUUGGUUUUUAGGUUUGAAGUUAAUUUAUGUCAAAUUAGGAGUUGAUGAGAAGAGACAUGUCUUUCAAGUGUUUGUUCUUGUUUGGAAAGAGCUGUUUUAAAGCUUUUAUUGCAGUAUGUUUGGUUAAACUAUGUGUUAGAUGGAAGUAGGUUAGGUUGAACUUGAGAAUAGUUAGUUUUCGUGUUUACACCUAUUUCAGUUUAUGGCUGAGAGACGGUGAGGUUAUCAGUAUGUGAUUUAUUAGAAUAAAUGAUCUAUGGGAAGUGAAAAGAGACUAAAACCAGAAUUCCUCAGUUUAUUUUAGAAACAUGAAAUUCCUUAGCCAAUGGUAGAAGUUCACUUAGGUGAGAUUUAAAAUGCUCGGGUAAAAGUAGAGCUUUUACUUUCAGUGCAAAAAUGGCGGUUUUCUCUUUGCGGGAAAUCUGAGCUGAAUAAAAAUAAGAAAAGGGGAAAGAAACACAUUAUAUUAUACGUGCCGGCUGAGGUUGUUUUGAUUAUAUGACACUUAAAAUUCUGUCCAGACAAAAGUUUGUCGUGUUACUUAACUGAUUCAUUUUGGUUGGGGUUUGUCUUGCACGGAUCACCUAUUGUAAUGUCUUUGUGUAAGUUAUAUGUGUAGGCUUGUGAUCGAAGGAGCAUCUCAGAACUCUGUGGCUUAGCUAUUCGUGAACCGGCCAAAGUAUUUAGCCCUCUUUUUGGAACUUGCAAAAUGACAAAUGGCGAAGUUAGACAAAUCUCCGUACAGGACAUACAAAUGGUUCAAAUUCUUAUCGAAAGAUGCCUUCAGCUUUACAUGAGUGAGAGGGAGGUUGUGAAUACGUUGUCACGCCAGGCAAAGAUUGAAUCUGGCUUCACCGAAAUUGUGUGGCGAAAACUCGAAUCAGAAAACCAGGAUUUUUUUCGGGCGUAUCAUCUGAGGCUGAUUGUGAAGGACCAGAUAUUAAGAUUUAAUCAGUUGCUCGAGAGACAGGUUGAGCUAAUGCGUCAAGUUGGUCGGACAGGAGACACUUCUAUGCCGUUGUCGAAUGGAUCUCAGAUGCAUUCAAUAGUGCACAACAACUCGGGUUAUCAAGUUCAACAGCCAGCUGGCUUGCAACCUAACAUGCAGGUUCCAAUCAACAUAUCUGGUCAUGGUGGUCAGAUCGACGUGCCUGGAAAUAUGCUAUUAACUCAAAAUUCCAGCUCAGGAAUUGUGCAAGGGAUGAACAAUGUGAUGAUUAAAUCAGAGGAUGGCGACUCCCACUUCAUGUUUGGCACAGAGAACAAUCUUAUACAACCUCGCAACACAACUGGAGAAGUGCCCGUUUCACCUUUCACUAGUGGUGAUCCGAACAACCCCAUGUUGGACCAGGAGACGAGCUCAUUUGGAUUCUUGGGACAGAUACCGCGCAACUUCAGUCUCUCUGAUUUGACAGCUGACUUUUCUAAUAGUACAGAUAUACUCGAGAGCUACUCUAGAUCGCCAUUUCUGGGCUCGGGAGCGAACUUCUUGGACCCGCACAUCAGAAGCGAACAACAAGAUGCUAGGAGAUUGGACACCGUAUCGGAGGGGUUGAGUUACGAUGAUUUCGCCAGGGAUUGAAUCUUCCGAAAGACCUAGCAAACUGGUACAAGCAUGAAGACAUUUAGAUGCAAAAUAAUUGUUAUCUUAUCUCGCCCUUGUCUGAGCAAAAACCACAGUAAUUUAUUCUUCCUUUGUUGCGUUUAUUGGUCCUUAUUUAUAUACUACAAGUUUCUGUAAAUACAUUCAAGAAUAAUUCAAGGUAUCAUUGGUGGAUUAAUUAUUUCA